AUGGUUAAAUAUCGGAAGAAUCGAUGGACGAAGGAGGAAGAAGAUGCGCUUCUCGCCGGAAUAAACAAGUACGGCACCGGAAAAUGGAUGGAUAUCUUAGAAGAUCCAUUGUUGUGGAAUCAAUUUGUAGAUCGAUCUAAUGUUGACCUAAAGGAUAAAUGGCGUAAUAUGAAGAAUAAGGAGAAAUCAGUGACACAGAAACACAAUUCUGCUUCGAUUUACCCUGGAAACACUUCGCAUGUUGUUGUUAAGAACGAACCUUCUCCAAAUAGUUCAUCAGAUACGAGUGAUGAUUCUUCUAGGUGUGAUGCAAUUGUUUUGGAAACUAUAGGAUCAAUGAAUCAUGAAUACGGCUCUGAUCUUAAUCAGAUUCUCAGCGAUAUCCAGGAACGUUACGAAGUACCAGAAAACUUUAGGAAGGUUCUGAGUGAGAGCUUGAAAAUCCUGGUUUCUCAAGGAAAACUCGAAAAGGUACGAAAUCGCUACAAGAUCUCAGACGUUGAAAACAAGUUGUUCAAAGUAGCAGCAGAAGAAGUAGCAACAAGACUCGCAGAGGCAGAUAACAAAGCGUUAAUAGCAGCAGAGGCAAUCAAAGAAGCAAAACGAAUGAAAAAGUUGGCAAAAGAAAGCCAAAUGAUGCUUCACAUAUCCUUAGAUAUCAAUGAACAAUGUGCUCUUGGCGAAAAGGCUUCAACCGGUACUUCUGAUUCGAGCGUUAGACAUCCAAGAGCCAUUGAUCUCCGGUUUCUUCUCAGCUUUCACUAG